UAGUUAUCUACAUCGAGGCGUUGAACCUUCUACCUGACCUCUAGUUAUCUACAUCGAAGCGUUGGACCAUCUACCUGACCUCUAGUUAUCUACAUCGAAGCGUUGGACCAUCUACCUGACCUCUAGUUAUCUACAUCGAAGCGUUGGACCAUCUACCUGACCUCUAGUUAUCUACAUCGAGGCGUUGGACCAUCUACCUGACCUCUAGUUAUCUACAUCGAGGCGUUGGACCAUCUACCUGACCUCUAGUUAUCUACAUCGAGGCGUUGAACCUUCUACCUGACCUCUAGUUAUCUACAUCGAGGCGUUGAACCUUCUACCUGACCUCUAGUUAUCUACAUCGAGGCGUUCAACCAUCUACCUUAUCUCUAGUUAUCUACAUCGAGGCGUUGAACCUUCUACCUGACCUCUAGUUAUCUACUGUACAUCGAGGCGUUCAACCAUCUACCUUACCUCUAGUUAUCUACAUCGAGGAGUUGAACUAUUAUCCUGGCAUCUGUCAGAGGAUCGAGGCAUCUUACCACUUCCUGAGCUUGUUGAAAUCAUCAGGUGUCGCUAGGUCACGGAGGGCGCUCAAGCAGGUCGUCGCGGGAAUAGAGACGUCUAACAAUCCACUUCAUCAGAGGAUCGAGGUGUCGAACUAUCCACCUAGUCUCUCUAGCCUGCCGGUGUUGUCGAUAGUGUGAGGGGGGCGCUCAAAUAAGGUGUCGCAGGAGGACAGAGGCGUUGAACUAUCCAGCUACCGAGAGAUUCGAGGGUUGAAUCGGGCGGUGUUCGUAGCGGACGCUCAAGAUGUUGUCCCUACAGGAAAUUCGCGAGUCGCUCAAGAUAGCCGAGCACCUCGCCCACCUCUCUCUCACUUCCGGUAGAGACAGACAGGACUCGGACGUCCAGCAAGUGCCCGAUGACCAGAAGCCCUACGUCCCGCCCAAGCAGCUGCUUCUGUACCUCGUCAGGAUGGGCAGCUUCACGUCCAAGCCACAAGUAGAUAGCGAGGAUAGUCAAGAUGAGUCGGUGACUGUACCAGAGGGCGUGGGUGACCAGAAGGAGCUCCUAGCAUGGGUGCGCGCCCCCCUCGCCCACCUCCCGCCCCAUCUUCCCCGUACAUAUCGCCCACGCCCCGUCCCUACUACCACCACGCCCACAUCAUCACCCUCUUCGCCACCAUUACCACGCCCGCAGCCUUUCAGGGUUAUGCAGUGGAACAUCCUGGCACAAGCACUAGGGACGCAUGCAGACAACUUUGUCAAGUGCCCACCUACAGCCUUGGAGUGGAAUACUCGUAGGUACCGCAUCCUGGAGGAAAUCCUUGCCCACAUACCGCAAGUCAUCUGUCUCCAGGAGGUGGACCACUACAGCCUACUGGAGCGGGUUCUGGCCACUGUGGGGUAUGAGGGAGUGUUCAUGCCCAAACCAGACUCGCCAUGCCUCUACUUGCCUACCAACAAUGGUCCCGAUGGUUGUGCCAUCUUCUGGGACAACACCAGGUUCAAACUUGUGACCAAGGAGACACGUGUGGUAGAGGUGUGGCAUGUGCAGAGUAACCAGGUGGCUAUACUUCUGGUACUAGAGGAACGAACAACAGGACAGCAGCUGGUGGUAUUGACGACCCACUUGAAGGCACGACAGGGGGCAUUGCUUUCUAGCCUACGCAAUGAGCAAGGCAAAGAUCUCCUAUCAUUUUUAAGUGAACAUAGCCACCUCCGACCCACCAUUGUGUGUGGAGACUUUAAUGCAGAGCCCAGUGAGCCUGUGUAUGCUACCAUGACAGAAGAAACUACUGGACUGGAAUCAGCAUAUGCCCUCUUGCAUGGAGGGCAGGAACCACGCUACUCAACCUGGAAAGUGAGAGGGGAGCAGGACUGCUGUCAUAAUAUAGAUUAUGUCUUUUACACUCCAGUAAGCCUACAUGUUGAAGGAGGUCUUGAUGUACCUACAGAAAAAGAUUUGGGACCUGGACGUGCCCCAAACUUAUCUUACCCAUCUGAUCACUUCUCUCUCAUCUGUGAUUUCACCUUCUCACCAAUAAAAGAUGCAGAUAUCACCACUGAUGUUAAUGUAAUAGAAAUAGAUAGUAAUCUAUAACCAGUUGUUUGAUGAUCUCUUGUUAGUUCCUAGCUAUAAAUAAUUUAAUAAUAAUAUAUGACCUUUAGCAGACGAACAAAAGUUUUUAUUGAUUUCAGUGUUUGCAAACUUGUGGAACUACGGUAGUUUUAAUAGCAGUAGGCCUAUACAGAUAGUAUUGUAUAUUAUGUCAGAGAAUUAUCAACCUAGACUUACUGAAUCUCAUUCUCAGUCACUAUUCACUAGUGUAGGUACAGUACAGUAUAUUAAAAUGUUGCACUGACUGCAAUAACAGUUUAUUUAGAGCUUCUACUACAUUAAAACUUAUGUAUGUACAGUAAACCAAUUCACUGAUCAAUUUCCAAUAUUUAUUCCACAUUAAAAAUUCUAUAAAUUGUGCAUUUUUCACUUAUUACAAAUCUGCAUUUGAGUAAAUUAGGUUGAGACUAGUUAAGGUACCUGACAUUUCCUGGGUUUGUUUUUAAUGAGGUAAAGUUAACCAGAAAGAAUUUCAAUGGUGUUGACGACACCCCCCCCCCCUUCCCAAAAAUUAAGAGCACAUACAAAUUAUAACUAUAGUGUACCAAAUUUCAGCUUUGAGGAGGAGGAGGAGGGGGGUGUCUGCCCCAAAAUUAGACAUUCUUAAGGAUGUUUACAUCACCAUACCAAAUUUCAGAUCUAAAUCUUAAAAACCAUGGCCAUGUACAGUAAAGAAAUAAUAAAAUACAGGUACCCUG